AUGGAUGAAUCUCUAUAUUUCAGUCUUCUUGUCAUUGCUCUCUGUUCAGUAUCUGAAUGCAGUCAGCGCCGGUAUCAUCAUAUAAACAUGACAAUGAACUGGACUGAAGCUCAGAUAUACUGCAGAGAAAACUACACAGAUCUGGCCACAGUCAACAACAUCAAUGACAUGAAUCAGCUGAUGAGUCAAGUGAAGAACAACAGUGUGAAGAAGAAUAAUGAUGUGAGUGUCUGGAUUGGACUGCAGAAAACAAGUGUUUAUAAAUGGAAGUGGUCUAUGGGUCACACUGUGAAAUAUACCAACUGGCAUAACGGAGAAUCAAAUAACACAAAUGAUUGUACUUUUAUGAAAAAAAAUGGAAAAUGGGAUCAUAAGGACUGUAAUGUUCAUUUGAGUUUCAUCUGCUACAACGAGAACAGUAAAGAAUACAUCUAUGAAGCAUCUAAUAAAACAUGGAGAGAAGCUCAGAGAUUCUGUAGAGAGAAUCAUACUGAUCUGACCAGUGUGAGAAAUAAAUAUGAGAAUGAACAGAUUCAGAAGAUCAUGAAUGACAGCCAGAUAUCUGAAGUCUGGAUUGGUCUAUUCAGUGAUUCAUGGGAGUGGUCAGAUAACAGUGACUCCACCUUCAGAAACUGGAUGUCUACUGAACCUAAUGGUGCUGGUGAUACUGAAUCAUGUACAGAAGUCUAUGUGAAUACUGAGGGGCAAUGGAAUGAUUUGGGUUGCCAUUACAAUCUUACCUUUGUGUGUCAUGAAGAUAAUCUGAUAUUGAUCAAGAAGAUGAUGAGUUGGUCUGAAGCUCUGGUUUACUGCAGACAGCAUCAUGUGGAUCUGGUUUCAGUUGUUUCAGAUGAGAUUCAGCGCUGGGUAACAGAAGUGAUUGAAUAUCAGAACUCUACUGCGUCUGUAUGGAUGGGGUUACGUCACUCCUGUAGUGUGGGGAUUUGGUUCUGGGUGAAUGGAGAGCCGGUGUGCUAUCAGAAUUGGGCUCCAGGAAACGGGACAUCAGUAGAGGACUGUGAUCCUAAAGUGAGAUCUGGAGCUGUUCAGCGUGAUGGAGAUCAUCAGUGGAUCAGUCAUCCUGAUACUGACAAACUCAACUUCAUCUGCAUCACACAUGAUUCAGAAUGAUAUGAUAUAUAUUAUAUGUAGUGUGUCAUCUGUCAAACUGUAUUAAUUAAUGAUAUUAUUAUAAGAUGAAACUAUUCUCUGAGGUAAAUCAUCUAUUGCAUGCUUACACACUUAUUUAAUCUUUUGGUUUUUAGUAAGGGGUAAGAAAUUAUUUUAAGAGUGAACAGAAGUUUUCAUCAUGUUUACUCAAUUGUGUUGUGAUUUUUAAUAUUAUGAGGUGAUGAGUUUAUAUCAAAGUGAAACGAAAAGUAU